GGCUGGGAUGGAGAACACAGGCCAUAGCCGUGAGAAAACACCUCAGACAUGACGAUGUGCGAUCACACAGGGGGACAGUCAGUGCCGGGUCGUAUACUGGAGAUGAUGGGACACCUCAGGUGACAGGAAAGUACCGGAGGAUGUCACUGGAAAUGCCCUCAGAGCUCAUAGUUAUAAACAAUACAUGUAUAUGGCGCUCACUCACACACAAGACACGUACCUCUGAGGGGCGGGGACACCUCUCUCUGUAGGCGGUGACAUGGAGCUCUAUGGCCUGUCACCGCACAUCCCGCCAAAUCUUUCCUCACUUUCUCCUCCGCGGAGCUGGAUGGUGGCUACAUGCAGUGAGGGAGAGUCACAUGACCAGUUCCUCCUAACACUCGUGGUUUAGAGCAGUGCCUGGCACUCAUUGAACACUCGCAUUGUCUAUUGGUUAGGACUUGUCUCAAAUGUAACAGUGCCCGCCUCCCAGACUGAAUGACCCCGCCCUCUUCUCUUCUCACCCUGGACUGUUGAAGUGACUCACAAGGAAGUCCCGGUCCCUCUUAUACACAUUGCAGCAGACACUGGAAGCAGCCGGGUCCUCUCUGAUACAGAACCUGUCUGCAUUUGCUGGAAAUCAUGAAGCCUUUGCUAUUGAGCCCCACGUGCAGGUGCCUCUACGAGGAGCUGGUCAUCUUGUUCCACCAUCACCAGUGUGAAGAAUGUGAAGAGACAGCUAAUGUAAUACAGUACAUCACUCUGCCUUUGUGCCGCAGUGUGCAGGCAAUGUUGAGUCAUAUCAAGUAUUGUAGAGCUGGGAUGUCCUGCAAAAUUGCCAGCUGCCGUGAUUCUCGAAUAAUCGUGUCACAUGGAAUAAGCUGCAAGAAGGAUUGUCUCGUGGCUCUCAGCCUUAGCCCCAGACGCAUGGAGUGGACUCAGGCACUGUUACGGAAGAUUGGUAGGUGCUCCUCAAGCUCCGAAAUGUAUGACUUGGAAGUGGGAAACACUCGGCAGUUCUUGUUUGUCUUGUUCCACACCUGGACAUGUAUGACAUUCCACAAUGAACCCAACAGUCUUUGUACUCUGCCUCAGUGCCACACCAUGGUGAAAAUGCUGGGCCACUCACAGUCAUGUACAGACCUCACAGGCUGCCUAUAUCCCGGGUGUUCUACUUUGCGAUUCCUCCUCCAGCACUGUCACAACUGUAAGGGGAAGACCUGUAUGAUCUGUCACCCCCUCCGGACAUUGGUGAACCAGCUGUAUUUACGUCAUAACACAAAUACCUCUGGUCUGCAGAACAUCCCAGUGAUUGUCCGGAUCCCUACCAGGAGUUCCCAAACAAAUAAUUGGAAGAAAAAGUCAAGGAAAAGUUGGAGAAGUUGGAAAAGAUGUGAAGGUCUCUGGAUAAGAAGACAUCCCUAUAGAAACAUUGAGUCCAGAUCCCGACCAGCACAAAAGCAGCGCCGAUCCAAAGGAGGCACCUUGCAUGUCCCCUCUUCUCUGUAACUGAUUAGAAGCUUGAAGUGACCCAUGCCGGUCCUCUUGCUGUUGCAUCUUAUGGUGCAUGUGCAUAGAGGCUGGUGAAGCCUCUUUAUUGCUCUCUCUUUAAUUGUACAGCCUUCUAGCUUUCCCUAUAUAGAAGCAGUAAAAACUCUGUAUAAAAAUAGACUUUACCUCCUUUCCCUUAACCUUCCUGUAUUCUUCCUUUCCUCAUUGGCUGUAAUUAGUAUUAAUGUUUUUUUAAUAAGACAUCAGCCAAUAGCAAAAAAAAAUAAAAAAUUCCAGGGAAUUGUGAAAGGAGGGAUAAUGAUGUUCUGUCCAGGCA